AUGGACGCUGAGAGCGGCAGCAGCAGCAGCGGUCCGGCUCCCGGCCCGGGUCCGGAAGAGGAGCAGCAGCCCAAGGAGGAACCCUUGGCCCCAGACGGCAGCUCCCCGGACAGGUCCCAAAGCAAGGCUGUGGCCCCUGAGGCAAGCCCAGAGAAGAGCUGCUCUCUCCACAGCUGCCCCCUUGAGGAACCUUCCAGUUCUUCAGGACCCCAACCAGCGACUUCCACCCUCCAGCCUGGGGGCCCGUCCAGCCCCUUGGCCCCUGCACACUUCACCUAUCCCAAGGCACCACAGGAAUACCGGGGGGACAGUUCCCUGCCAGGGCUUGGGGACCGGGCAGCUCUAUGCUCCCAUGGCUCUAGCCUCAGCCCUUCUCCAGCCCCCUCACAGCGAGAUGGGGCCUGGAAGCCACCAUCCGUGCAGCACCAUGUGGUCAGUGUCAGGCAGGAACGGGCCUUCCAGAUGCCAAAGAGCUAUUCCCAGCUGAUUGCCGAGUGGCCGGUGGCCAUGCUGCUGCUGUGUCUGGCUGUCAUCCUCCUCUGCACCCUGGCUGGACUGUUGGGGGACCGACUGCCCGACUUCUCCAAGCCCUUGCUGGGUUUUGAGCCUCGAGACACAGACAUUGGGCGCAAGCUAGUGGUCUGGAGAGCACUGCAAGCCCUCACAGGCCCCAGGAAGCUGCUUUCUCUUUCCCCAGACUUUGAGCUGAACAGCUCAAACCCCCACACCACUCUGAGCCCCACACCCUGGAGCAGUGCCCAGGAGGGCUUGGUCCGGCCUCGAAGGAUGGUGGAACCCCUGGAAGACAGAGGGCAGGAGGACUUCUUUUGUGGUCCCCCUGGUAAGCUGCAGCCUAGCCAGUUCUUGCCUUUCAUGGUGGUCCCCUUCCUACCUACUAGAACAGGAGGGCUCGGGAGAACAAAUCUCUCUCCUGCUGUGUGUGCUGUACAGAUCCGCUCCCAUACCCGCUUUGGGGCUCUGUGCCAGCGAACGGAAGCCAACAAGUGCUGUCCCAGCUGGUCCCUGGGCAACUAUGUGGCCGUGCUCUCCAACCGCUCCUCCUGCCUGGACACGACCCAAGCGGAUGCAGCCCGAACACUGGCCCUUCUGCGGGCCUGUGCCAUCUACUACCACCGCGGUGCCCUGGUGCCCUCUUGUCUGGGCCCCGGGCAGGACAAGCCCCUGCACUGCGCCCAGGUUCCCACCAAGUGCUCUCGGAGCAGUGCCGUCUACCAACUCCUCCACUUUCUGCUGGACAGGGACUUCCUGAGCCCCCAGACUGCUGACUACCAGGUGCCCUCCCUCAAGUACAGCCUGCUCUUCCUGCCCACUCCAAAGGGUGCCUCUAUGAUGGGCAUCUACCUGGACCGCCUAGCCACCCCCUGGGGGCUCUCUGACAACUACACAUCCAUCACUGGCAUGGACCUGGGCCUCAAGCAGGAGCUGCUGAGGCACUACCUGGUCCAGGACACGGUGUACCCCUUGCUGGCCCUGGCUGCCAUCUUCCUCAGCAUCGCCCUCUACUUGCGCUCCCUCUUCCUCACACUCAUGGUGCUGCUGGGGGUGCUGGGCUCCCUCCUGGUUGCCUUCUUUCUUUACCGUGUGGCCUUCCGCAUGGCCUACUUUCCCUUCGUCAAUCUGGCAGCCUUCGUCCUGCUCAGCAGCGUCUGCGUCAACCACACCCUCAUCUUCUUCGACCUGUGGCGCCUCAGCAAGAGCCAGCUGCCCUCCGGGGGGCUGGCACAGCGCGUGGGCCGCACCAUGCACCAUUUCGGCUACCUGCUGCUGGUCUCGGGCCUCACCACGGCCGCGGCCUUUUAUGCCAGCUACCUGAGCCGUCUGCCGGCCGUACGCUGCUUCGCCCUCUACAUGGGCACGUCCGUGCUGGCGCACCUGGCGCUCACGCUGGCCUGGCUGCCCUCCGCCGCCGUGCUCCACGAGCGCUACCUGGCCCGCGGCUGUGCGUCCCGGGCGCAGGGCCCGUGGGGCGGCAGUGCGCCCCGGCGGCUGGCGCUGGCGCUGCACCGGCGGCUCCGCGGCCUUCGGAGGGCGGCGGCCAGCACCUCGCGCCUGCUCUUCCAGCGCCUGCUGCCCUGUGGGGUCAUCAAGUUCCGCUACAUCUGGAUCUGCUGGUUCGCCGCGCUGGCGGCAGGGGGCGCCUACAUCGCCGGCGUUAGCCCCCGUCUGCGGCUGCCCACUCUGCCGCCGCCCCGCGGCCAGGUCUUCCGGCCUAGCCACCCCUUCGAGCGCUUCGACGCGGAGUACCGCCAGCAGUUCCUGUUUGAGCGGCUGCCUCAGGGCGAGGGCGGCCACAUGCCUGUGGUUUUGGUGUGGGGCAUCCUGCCCGUGGACACUGGCGACCCGCUGGACCCUCGCAGCAACAGCUCCCUGGUGAGUGACCCUGCCUUCUCUGCCAGCGGUCCCGAGGCCCAGCGCUGGCUGCUGGCGCUCUGCCACGAAGCUCGGAAUCAGAGCUUCUUUGGUGUCCAACCCGAGGGCUGGCCCACGCUGUGCUUCAUGGAGGCCCUCCAGCGCUGGGUGGAGAGUCCUGCUUGUGCCCGCCUGGGGCCUGGCCUCUGCUGUGGCCACUCAGGCUUCCCUUGGGCACCCCAGCUUUUCCUGCACUGCCUCAAGAUGAUGGCUCUGGAGCAAGGCCCCAACAGCACCCGUGACCUAGGACCCCGCUUCAAUAGCCAGGGCGGCUUGGCUGCCCUGGUUCUGCAGUUCCAGACUAACUUCCAGUACAGUACAGAUUACAGCCAAGCACACCACUUCUAUGCUGAAGUCAGCCAGUGGCUGGCAGGGGAGCUGGGCAGAGCACCUCCCGGCCUCCACCGGGGUUGGUUUACCAGCCAUCUGGAGCUGUACAGCCUGCAACACAGCCUGAGCACAGAACCUGCUGUGGUGCUGGGCCUGGCUCUGGCGCUGGCGUUUGCCACACUGCUGCUGGGCACCUGGAACGUUCCGCUUAGCCUGUUCUCCGUGGCAGCGGUGGCAGGCACCGUACUACUCACCGUGGGGCUCCUGGUUCUACUCGAAUGGCAGCUCAACACUGCCGAAGCCCUCUUUCUCUCUGCUUCCGUGGGCCUCUCAGUAGACUUCACUGUCAACUACUGCAUCUCCUAUCACCUGUGCCCACACCCCGACCGCCUGAGCCGCGUGGCCUUCUCGCUGCGCCAGACCAGCUGUGCCACGGCUGUGGGGGCCGCGGCCCUGUUUGCAGCCGGUGUGCUCAUGCUGCCUGCCACGGUGCUGCUCUAUCGCAAGCUGGGCAUUGUCCUCAUGAUGGUCAAGUGCGUCAGCUGUGGCUUUGCCAGCUUCUUCUUCCAAUCUCUGUGCUGUUUCUUUGGACCAGAGAAGAACUGUGGGCAGAUCCUCUGGCCUUGUGCCCACCUGCCAUGGGAUGCUGGGAAUGGGGAGCCUAGUGGGGAAAAGGCAGGCCGCCCAAGAUCAGGGCCAGUGGGAAAGGCACCCGGAUCCUGCUCGGAACAAUACGAGCUACAGCCCCUGGCACGGCGCCGGAGUCCCAGCUUUGACACCAGCACAGCCACUAGCAAACUGUCCCACCGGCCCUCGGUGCUCUCUGAGGAUCUACAGCUGCAUGAUGGCCCCUGCUGCCCCCGGCCCCCACCGGCCCCUGCCUCCCCAAGGGAGCUGUUCCUGGACCACCAGGCAGUCUUCAGCCAGUGCCCGGCCCUGCAGACCUCCUCCCCCUAUAAGCAGGCUGGCCCCAGCCCCAAAACCCAAGCCAGGCAGGACUCCCAAGGGCAGAAGGCUGAGCCCGUGCAGGCCUCACCAGAAGCCUCGGCCCACCCUCCCAAGCCCAAGGCCGUGGAGCCUCCGGAUUGCCUCUGCUCCUCAGCUAGCACCCUGGAGGGGCUCAGCGUCUCUGACGAGACCUGCCUAAGCACCUCUGAGCCCAGUGCCCGAGUGCCAGAUUCUGUGGGUGCCUCCCCAGAGGACCUGGACGAAACAGAGCAAACGGUACCUGAGCGGGGCCAGCUGAAUGAGAAGCGAGACACCCUAUGGCUGGCACUGAGGGAGACCGUGUAUGAUCCGUCGCUGCCUGCCUCCCACCAGAGCAGCUCCUCCUGGAAGGGCCGUGGGGCACCAGGGGAUGGCAGCCCUGUGGUGCUGCCCAACAGCCAGCCAGAUCUGCCAGAUGUUUGGCUACGCAGGCCCAGCACCCACACUUCAGGCUACAGUAGCUGA